AUGGAUGAGUUAUGGGCUCUUCUUCACUCCAUUAUGCCAACUUUAUUUGACAGCCAUGAGCAGUUUAAUGAGUGGUUUUCAAAAGGAAUUGAGAACCAUGCAGAACAUGGGGGUACUUUAAAUGAGCACCAACUUAAUCGAUUGCAUUCAAUUAUAAAGCCUUCCAUGCUUUGGCGUGUUAAAAAAGAUGUAGUUUCUGAGCUGACUAGCAAAACUGAAGUUACAGUGCACUGCAAGUUAAGUUCUCGGCAACAGGCUUUCUAUCAAGCAAUUAAGAACAAGAUAUCUCUUGCUGAAUUGUUUGAUAGUAAUCACGGACAGCUCAAUGAGAAGAAAAUCUGGAAUUUAAUGAAUAUUGUUAUUCAAUUGAGAAAGGUUUGCAACCAUCCAGAGUUGUUUGAGAGAAGUGAGGGAAGCACAUACCUUUACUGUGGAAAGAUUCCAAAUUCCCUUCCUCCAUUUGGGGAGUUAGAGGAUGUAUAUUAUUCGGGUGGUCACAACCCCAUCUCAUAUGAGAUACCUAAACUUGUCUAUCAAGAAACUUUGCGGAGUUCUGUAUCUCUCAGUUCUGAUGUUGGUCAUGAAGAUAUACAUGUUAAAAGUGGAACCUUUGGGUUUACUCAUUUGAUGGGUUUAUCUCCUCAAGAGGUGACAUUUCUGGUUACUGGUUCUUUUAUGGAGCGACUGUUACUUUUUAUGAUGAGAUGGGAACAAAAUUUCAGUAAGGAAGUUAUAGACUUUCUUACGGAGACCAUAAUUGAUGACCUGGGAUGUAGCUACCUUGAAAAAGGAAAAGUGAGAACUGUUACGAAUGUUGUUGGUACCGUCGAGAUCUGA